AAGCUUCAGUCCCACGUUUCUGCCCGGCCCUGGCAGGGGUCGGUGCCUCGCGGCGCCCUCUUGGCAGGGAGCAGGAGCGGGGCCAGGGCCCGAGCGGGGCACAGCAUGUCAGGGCGACCGCAGGAAUCCGGGCGCUUCGCACAAUGAGCUCGAGAGCUUGGCCGGGGCGCGAAGGCGAGGCAGAGGCGGGGGCCGGCGGGGGCGGAGAGGGGCGGCGGGCUCAGCCCGGCUGGGGCCCCACGGCGGCGGCUGUGGCGGCAGCGGAGAAGGGCAGCGGCGGGCGGUCUCGCUUCAUUCAGAGCGAGUCCCGGAGCCAGCGCGCGGGGGCCGGCUCGGCUGCCCGCGCCCCAGCCCCCGCCCGGCCGGCCCGGGACAAAGGGCUUUUGUUCCGAGCCUCUGCCCGCGGCCGCCCCCGACGGAGCUGCUGCGGCAUAAAUCAGCUCCGCCGGGAGCUGGCCCCAAACAAAGCGCCCAGGGGGAGAGGCGGGGGCCGAGGGGGAGAGGAGCCUGGCAGAGAGCGGAGGGUAGGGGGCGGGGUGAGAUCGCAGCCAAGCGCAGAGAACGGACAGUCUCGGCCUGGGAAGGGGAGAGGCUCCGAGCCACAGGGUCUGCGAGUGGCUGAACUGUGUCCACAUCGCAACUUCAGCGGCAUCUCCUCUCCCCACUCCCAUGACCAUCGGCUUCCCCAAGCCUCCAGUCCAAUCCUCCUGCCUGAACCGCUGCAGUCCGCAGAGCCCGACUCCCCGCCUUGGCUGUCCGGCCGACCUUCCGCUGAUCCGGACGUACUCACUGACCAGGAGCAGUUCCCCACCGAGGGGGGAUCCGAUCGCUGUCAACGCUCUCUUGCCGCAUCCAAUCACACAAAGUGCCCCUGCUCUCCAGCUCUGAGGGUCCUAGCCUAGAGGCCAUCCGUGGCAUAGGAUUGCGGCCCUCUGCUCGGCUCUUCCCUGAGGCCAGCCCCUCCCCCGGGCCGGCCUCAGCCACUCCACUCCUGGGCCGCCUGUGCUCAGAUUCCUCGCUCAUCAUUAGGUGGUGGCUCAGCAUUCGCCCCUCUUCAAGGUAGCCUGUGACCACAGCUUCCAAGAGAACAAAGAGUUUAGACAUCUUCGCUUCAGUAGUCCAGGGAGGGGAAAGAGACCUCUAAGAUACAGGGGAGACACUGAGGGAUAGCAGACAGCUCAAGAGGCAGACAGAGACAGAGAGAAGAUACUGACCUUUUCAGACCUAGAGUCUGCCGAAAGAAAUGAGGAAGUGCUGUGGAUGCAGCCUGCCCCUUGUGCCCUUUCCUUACUCCCCCCCCCACUAGGGCCAGGCUGAACCCCACACCCCCACGCCUCCCCCGCCGUCCGGCACUUAUUCUCUGCAAGUUUUCUUCUUUCUAAGGGUAUUAGUUGUAUAGUCUUGAUCUUGCAAAGUUAGGGGGUCUCCUGGCUCUUAAUUGACUACCCACAGCGAAAACAUUUAGGAUGUUUGGGACCCCUUGGGGCAGGUAAAGGAGAAAAGCCAUCACUUUCCAUCUGAGCAACCUGGUGAAGUGGAAAGGGAGGGGGAGUUGGAGGUAGGAGGCUUGGGGUGGCAUCCCUGCCCCUUCUUUCUUCCUCCUCUCUCUCUCUCCCUUCCUCCCUUCUUUCCGUGGAAUCACAUUCUACUGAGGGGAAGAAUAUUAUCAGCCCUGAUAUGAUCGUGUGCCACGCACACACAAGAAUCUGUGAUCUAAUUGCUUUGGAAGUUCCCUUCAAUAAUUAGGACCCCAAGUGACCCAUGACUUCUCAUCGUGUUCGCUCUUCUCCACAUUCUUCCCUAGGGUGUCGUCUCAAGUAUUAGAGGCCUCCUUCCUAAAUUCCUCCUGAAAAGUGGAGCUGGAAAGAGAGGGUGAGGGGACCUAACAACUGGGUGGAUCUGAUAGGUCUCUUUAAGCGGCAUUUGACUCUUGCAGGUACCCUCUAUAGGGUCAUAGCACCUAGAACUGUGAAGGACUUCAGAGAACAUCUAAUCAAACCCCUUUGUUUUUUGUGUUUGUUUGUUUCGUGGGAAAACUUAAGCCUAGAGAGGUCACAUGCCUUGUCUGAGGUUACACAAAUCAUAAGGAGGAGGCUUGGCAUCUGCCCCCGCCCCAGACUUCCAAUCCAUUGACUUCUCCCCUCCAAGAGGCUUCAUUUCCCCCUGUAAACUGGAAAAUGAAGAGCUUGAAAUUUCUGAUCACUGAAGGCCCUUCUAGCUCUAAAGCCCAUGAGCUGAUGACCAAUAGUUUCCUUAGUCUUAUUUAGAGGCAAUUGUUAAGUAGGCGUCUGUUUUUUCUUCCUUAAUUGUGAACUGAGGUAGUGGAAAGUACCCAAUUAAGUGGCCUCAUGCCCACAAAACUCCCCCAGUUCAGGUGCUGUGCCUCUUGCCCACAGGGUAGGGGAGAAAACAGAAGCCAGAAGGUGGUUGGCAACAGUCCCCUCAUAAGACUGGUGGCCCUGUCUUCUGGCACUCAGGUGUUCCUGCUCCUAGAACAAAUUCUACUCAUCAGAAAACUCUGUGUUUCAAAGGUAUUUCAAGAUAAGUGAAUUCCAGAGGUUACAAUGAUGCAGGGCAGCCUUCUUCCCAACUUCCUUGUUUCUGUAGAGGGCACCAGCAUUCUUCCAGUUACCUAAGCUCACAACCUUGCAGUCAUCCUUCCACUUUUUGCUUCUAUUGACACCCCAUACGCAAUCAGUUGUCAAGUCUUGUCCAUUCUGUCUCCAUGACAUGUGUUCCCAUCUAUUCCAUUUUCUCUACUCACCAGGCCACUGCCCUAAUUCAGUCCCUCAGCUCAUGCUUUGUUACUGCAAUAACCUUCUAAUUGGUGUCGUUUCAUCCAGUUUCUCUCCUUUCUAAUUUACUGCCCUCCUCUACAUCUGCACAACUGAUUAGCCAACAUUAAUUAAGAGCCAACUUUUAGCCAGCUAUACUGCUAAUUGCAUGGGAUACAAAGAGAAACAUGGAAUAGUUCCUGAUCACUAGGGACUUUAAUUCAAAUCAGUUGUUCUUCACAUAAGUUUUGUAUAUAUAAUUUAGAUUUACUUAAUUGUGUGAUCCUGUUACCCUCCCCACUCCCCCAGCAGAAUGUAAGUUCCUUCAGGCCAAAGGUUAUUUAACAUUUUGCCUCUGAAUUUUCAAUGCCUAACACGGUGACUGGUACAUAGUACGUACUGAAAAUCGUUGGUUGCAUUGAAUCAAAAUAACCAAACUUCUGUUAGAAAAUAUCCUACAGGAGUCUCAAAUUUGAAUGCUCUUCCAACCUCCCCCUAGUUUUAAACGUCACCCAAGGACACAGAUGCUUUGUCCCAGCUCUUGUGCAGACUUAAUAACCUCAUCCCAAAGAGGAAACCCUUCACCCUGAUCUUAAAAGGCAGCAUGCACACUUUCCAGAGAUCAUUUUGCAGACCUUAGGAAUGCAGCCACCCUUGAGACUCUGCAGUGCUACAAUUAGGAAAAAGCAUUGGAAUUCAUAAUUCCCAGGAGGACCAAGGGUCUCUAAGCAGGCUCGGCAAUCAAGACAAACACAGGAUUGGCUCAGGUCAGAUCAGUGCAGCAUAGCAGACAUUUUGUGCGUCAAUUUUGAGGUUGGGUUGUAUAAAUCUAAAGUGUCAUGUUAGUCCCAAUAUAAAUUCAUAUGAGAAUCCUGUUAAAAUGAUCACUAGAGAAAUGUUAACAUUGGCUUCUGGCUUUUAGUGAAAUGCUUAAGGCCAAAAUAAUUUUUUAAAAGUGUUUUAUUUAUAUCCUUUGUUUAACCCUACUGUAAGUUACCAAUAACUACCACCCCAACCAGAUACACAUCAAAUAGAACAAUUCCUUAUAAGAAAUAAAUAAAAUUGAAGAAAACAAAUGAACAAAACAACCAUGUCCAAAAAAUGUAUGCCUCACUCCAUCCCUAUGGGUUACCACCUAUGUUUUGCCAUCAGAAUUCUGAAGUCACAGCCUGAUUUUCUGUAAUCUUGUUGCUUUGUGAUAUAUUUCUGUCUUUGUACUCCCAAAGUAACUGAGUAUGUGAGGAGAAUAAAAGGAGGUCCACAAAUCUAUUUCAGGUUAUUCUAGAUUCUGCUAAUAUUAGAAUGUAAAAUGACCAUUGGAUUCUGAAGUCAAGCAAUGGGUUCUCUUUCACUCAUAUUUCCACACAAACUACUUUCUAUGUCUUCUUCAUUGACAACAUUCAGAACCUCACCUCAGGGACUACUUUUCCCUAUGACAUCUCUCAAUCUCUCAACAAAGUGUUCCUCAAAUAUUUCUUGAGUUCAUUUGGCCCUUAACUUUUAGCCCUUAAUACAUUAUCCUAGAUUCUACUUAUCUAUAUAUGUUUUAUAUCCUCCCUCUCCUUUCCCAGGAGCUACCUGAGGGGAGAAACCAGUCUUGAUUUGUUUCCUGGGGGUGGGAGCCUAUAUAAUGCAUUAUGUUAGAGAGUUAUCUGGGCCCACUGAGAGGCAAAGAUACAUGUCCAUUUAUGGUCACACAAGUUUGUAUGUGUCAAAGGUAGGAUGUGAUCCCAUCCUUUUUGUGUGACGUGCCUUGCCCAUAGUGAGUACCUGAUACACAUUUGCAUUAAAGACUGAACAUGCUCUCAUUUACCAACAGUUCUCAAUUCUAAAGACUAAGCCAAGAGGCUUCUGUUUCUUAGUUCACCACAACACCAAGAUUGCACAAGAAAAAGUCUUUCUUGAGCAUUGAUUAUGCUCCCAUAUAACUUGCCACCAAAGUCUCAGUUAUGCUUGGAUUUCUCAACUUGGGACAGAUGAGAUACACCUGAAUUCCCCAGAAAACUCUUUGAACUUCUAGAGGAUUUCCCUGCUUAUAAAGAAGGCAAACUAUGCAAAGCAGAGCUGCUUUUUGUUUUUGUCUUUUUUUUUUCAGGGCAAUGAGGGUUAAGUGACUUGCCCAGGGUCACAGAGCUAGUAAAUUGUCAAGUAUCUGAGGUUGGAUUUGAACUCAGGUCCUCCUGAAUCCAGGGCUGGUGCUUUAUCCACUGCGCCACCUAGCUGCCCCCAGAGCUGCUUAAUUGCUGAUAAAGGUCACUCUAAUUGUGUUCUAGUACCCAUGUGAUAACUACCUUUCUCCCAGCAUCCCUCCCCAAUCAUGAUCCUCAGAGAAUCCUAAUUGAAAGUAGAGUCCCAGAAAAUGGCAAUGUGCUUAAAAGUUCUUGCUAUAUAUGAUGGUCAAUGAAGUCCUAUUUUCCCCCAGUCAAUUCUACCAUGUCAACCCCUUAUAGAAUAUAAUCUUUUUGUUGUCCCAUUGUAGAAGGGACAUCUCUUUGAGAGAAGGGACUGCUUCCUUUUUUUUUGUAUCCUGCAACUUCAUAAAUGAUUGUUGUCUAACUUGGAAUUUGAAACAGUUUUUAUUCCAUCCACAGGAGAUACAAACAAAAGAGAAAAGGGAUCUAGUCCCUGCCUUCAAGGAGCUUAUGUUUCACUGAGAGGAAGAAGGGAUAGAAAGUCCUGCACAUGCUAAAAAAAUCAAAACACUUAUUACUGAUGCUAAUUAGCAGGAGAGAAAUGAAGAGCCUAUAAAAAGUCCAGAGAAAUUAACAAUUAUAUUUGGCCAUUUGCUUCAAGUGCCCUAUCAUCAGAAUCAUGCUUCUUCCACUGAGUUCCUCAUAAUGUCAUAAAAGUGUGAAAACACUCAUUUUUAGAAAAAGAACUGAGAAGGUGGGAGGAAUGAAACUUCAUACUGAGUACAACUCUUGUUUUGCAAGAAACAACUAGAUAUGAUGAAAAGGAUUUUGGACGCAUGUCCAAAUGCAGCCUUUUGUAUCUCUGAACUAUUAGCCUAUGGGCAGGUCACUUCAACCCUCUCUGAAUCUCAGGUUUGCUCACCUGUAAAAUGAGGAUAAUGAUACCUGUAGAUCUUACUUCACAGGCCUGAAUGAGAUAUAAAAGCAUAUAAAGAUCAGUCAUUUUUAUGUGGAACUUGCUUUGUUUGCUCUAGCUCAUUUUCUGAGCUAUCGAUCCUCGCAACUAUGGCCUCUUCUUACUCUUUAUUUCAAUCAUCUUCAUGGAUCUGUGAAAACCUUCUCUAGUGUAAAUCAAGCACGAGGGUUCCAAAGACUAAACUUAAAAUUGUUUCUCUACUCACCUGUUCACUUUUAGGAUAUCAAGCAAAAAUCAAUAAGCAUCUAUUAAGCAGAAGAUGGAGAAACAUAUAGUUAUAUAAAUAUAUACAAAGCAAAUACAAACACAUUUUGGUACACUCAGGAAAGGUUUCAUGUUGAAGGUGAUGAUUUGAGUUGCUCUUGGAAGAAAAUGAGGGAUUUGAAGAGGCAGGGUUGGGGGUGGGGUGGGAAGGCAUUCCAAUUCAGACAGCCCAUCAAAGUUGGAGACAGAUUGUGAAAAUGCUCUGGGUAACGUAAGGCUGAUUGCCUUUGCCAAGUUCCUUUUUGCAUUUCUCUUUACAUUUCUCACCCACGGGGUGUUGACCUAGACAUUGAUGGUUUUUUUUUU